AGAAGAUUGUUGUUUAUUAUGCUCUCGACUCUAUCCAGAGUUAAGAUCCCUAGUAGACAAAUCGUUUGCGUUAGUCGGUUGAUCACCCACGGAAGUGAUGUAUACCGCUGUUAUCACCUCGUUCCAGAACGCCAGAAGAGGAAUUUUAUGACGACUCCUCCCAGGCAAGGGCUUUUUGGAGCUCUUAUACUCGUCGGUGGGUGUGCGUGGACGUACAACUAUUUUAAGAGAAUGAGUUAUUAUCAACGUGGUAUGGUGCCUCCUCCUCCGGAACCCUUUCUUGUAGUCGUUGGUAAGGCUUUUAUAUUCCUAAUGACUCUUCCCUUCUCUUUGCCUAUGAUGUUAAUGAGACUGCGAGAAAGGUUUUCUAAGAAUUCUCAGUCUCAGUACUGGAAUCCAUUUGGGGGAGAGCAGGAACAGGAUUACCAGAACUAUCAGAACUAUCAGAACUACCAGAACUAUCAGAACUACCAAGACCGUCAAAAUCACCAAAACUACCAAGAUGGAGCUCAGUAUAGCUCAAAUAGCUCAAAUCAGGGAUAUGGAAAACGCAUGGUGUGGACUUAUGUUCCUGGCUUCGGCUGGCGUUAUACCGAAGUGAAUUUCGGCCCGGAGGAGGGAAGGAACUAUUCAAACUCACACAACUACCAAGAGUUCUACCAAAACUUUGAAGACUUCUUCAAAAACUCAUACGAACAGUAUUAUAAUCAGCACAGACAGGGACAACAACAACAACAACAACAACAAGGGUGGAGUUAUGAAGAUUUCUUCAAUGGAGGGAAAUCUGGAAUGACUCGGCAAGAAGCUUACAAGGUUCUAGGAUUAAAGUAGACGUUCUUUGUACUAAGGACAUAGGCCGAAUGCAACGAAGCAGGAGAUUAAACUCGCUCACAAAAAGAUGCUCAUGAAGUAUCAUCCGGAUCAUGGAGGCACUACAGAGAUGGCAAGCAAGAUUAACCAAGCUCGUGAUGUUCUUUUAGGCCUGAAUUA